CCUCGAUUCUGCAGAUGAUUCAGAAUCCCGGACUACGAACAACAUAACCCUACAUAAUCCAUCACAACAAGCUCAAACUACUAUUCACCGACCAUCCAUGCCAACCACACCGAUUUCCAGCGAUGCAAACGCCCAUGUCCACCACCCACCCCAUCCAUCACCGCGGCUCCUUUGCUAUUUCCAGCAUAGAUAUUCACAAUGUGGGUCCAGCGUGAUCCACCCUAUCACCCCGUCUCCUCCACCCAUCCAUCUCCCUAUCAAUCAACCAUCAAGGCCUCGAUCUCGGGUUCGGCAACCGCACUCAUUCCAGCCCAGUCCACAGCCGUCCCUGUCAAGCUCCCUUUCCAUAUCUGAUCUAAUCAAGCUUCGAGAGAUCAUGCAGUGCACGCGGACCUGCAUAUCAUCUCCACCCCGUCCCUCUCAACGGCUGGCACAACCAAUUGCCGAUUGA